AUGGGCAAGGACGCUGGCUUCUCAGACGGUGACUCCAAGAAGGGUGCCAACCUCUUCAAGACCCGAUGCGCACAGUGCCACACCCUGAAGGAGGGCGAGGGCAACAAGAUCGGCCCGAACCUCCACGGUCUCUUUGGUCGUAAGACUGGACAGGUCGAGGGCUUCUCAUACACCGACGCGAACAAGCAAAAGGGCAUCACCUGGAAAGAGGACACUCUGUUUGAAUACCUCGAGAACCCCAAGAAAUACAUUCCCGGCACCAAGAUGGCCUUCGGUGGUCUCAAGAAGGGCAAGGACAGGAACGACUUGAUCACUUUCCUCCGGGAAGAGACGAAGUAA